AUGGAUGCCUCAAAGAAGAAGAAUAAAAACUCACUGGAGUCCUUGUCCAAGGAGGACGUCGAGACGCUCAUCAGGAAAUGCUACCGGGAUAAGUUGGUAUACGGGUUCGUCAAGUGGAAGGAAUUUGACAGGAAGGACUUUAAGCAACGCCUCUCUAUAAACACGUUUAAGAAUAUCUGGAGAAUGAUAAAGAGGCGAUUCGAGGGCUACAAAAAGGAGUACCACUUCGUGAUGCAGGACGCGGCGAGAGAAGCGAAGGACAUCAUCGCGGAAAACAAGGAGAAAAAGAAAAACGCUCAACUAAAAGCGCACCUAAGUGCAUUAGUCCCUCUGGGCUCCAAGGUGUCCCUCUCAAACAUAUCCCUCUUGAGGAACUUCACGCGCGUGAACAGCCUCAUGUUCAAAACCUGCAGCAACUAUUAUAGCCCGUUGAAUAGCUCGAAGCAGGGUAGCCCCCAGAAUUUCAUCUUUCCAAGUAAAAAAAAAACAUCAAAAGAUAACGAAAAAGAAGCCCCCAAAGGGGUAAUAGACUACAUAAAAAGAAACAUUAAAGAUAUUCAAAGACGAAGUGAAUUUCUGGACAUGUACUUCCUAGUCAUCUCACUAAUACACCAAAAUAAGAAGUAUGCCUUGCUGAAAAAAAUGGAAGAGUUGUAUUAUCAAAAUAGGGUAAUCAGAUGCUGCAGCAAUUCAAACCAAACACAUAAUCAUAAAAUCCUACUUUUCGUAAAACGCAUUUUAGAAAUCAGUCUAGAAUCAUCUAGUAGCUUAAAAAGCAUAUGCACAAAAAGUCUGGAGAAAAAAUUCGGCAGCAGCAAAUAUAUCGAUAGCAAAAACUGCAUCACCGUCGAAAUUGAUGAGAUUACCUACCCCUUCAGUAAAGAUUUUAUUAACUACAAGACUUUCUACAAUUUGUGUAAAAGGAAUUUGCACCUCAGCUGCAAUAAAGUUCUUUGCUUCUUUAUUCCCCUCCCGAGGAAACCAAACCACCUGAUAUUUAAAGAUGGACUCUUCCACUAUUUUGACACCCCUAUAUCAACCCACAACAGAUUAGAUGAAGAUGUAUACAACUACGUCCAUGUCAUGCAAAAAUAUUUCCUAUCCUUUAAGUUCUGGAAAUUUUACCUAACCUAUCAAGGCCUGGACAAAAUGAAAGAACUUUUUAAUAGAGAAGUGGAUGAAUUGAAUUCGUUCUUCGAUCUGAAUUAUACAAAGAAGGAUGCAUUAAUCUGGGGAAAGAAGCAAUUUCCAAAUUCUACAAAAAAUGUCCAGCCCCUUUUGCUCCUUUUCGAUCACAACAUUGAGCAUUUAAUUUCCUUAUCUGUGUACGUCAUAAAACUGUAUUGGAAAAUUCGAAAAAAAAGAGACCUCACCUAUAUUAGGAUUGUCAAAAUGUUGAAUUUAUCGCUCGACCCGAUUGGGAAAAAGAAAAUCAUGCGCUUCUACUGCUCUCACCUUCGAUUGAUUCACAGCAUUCUUCUCAAACUGGGCUCACGCUUGCCGCGGCGGCUUCCUCGGUGA